UACCGAAGCCAUGCCGGUGCUGGUACUGUUUUUGGACUCAUACUGAUCCUGGUACUGAUACAGAACCUACGCCGAUGCUGGUACCGAUCAUUUCAUUUUAUUUGUUCAUUUAUUUUAAUUCAAAAUCAGCCUUCAUGUGUGAUCACUAUCCCAUACCGUUCCCGAAACUGAUACUGGACCCAAAAUGGUAUCUGAAUCCAACACGAGCUCAUACCACUUUUGGUGUUCUGAUACUGAAUCCAAUAUCGGUACUGGAACUGUUGAAGAAUCCGUGCGGAUGGAAAUACGGCUGCUGAUUUAAUUCCGUAUCUGAAACUGUCCCAGAACCUAUAUCGAACCUGGAACGAAUCAUGAACCUUCCUCCAGUCCUGGAACCGAUACAUCCCCUGUUUCUACCCAGUAACUGAUAUCGCUGAAUUUUAGCUCAAUUUCUCUAGUGGUCCGAUCAUCAAAGUGCCGAAGUCGCAGCGACGUACAGUCGAAAUUUGUUGCUUGGGUCGAACUGCAUGGCAAGCUUUGUUUUUGUUUACGUUUGCUGCGAGCCCGCCAUUUCUCAUCAACCUGCGGCCCUGUUUGGGUUGUUGCUUUGGGGAACAAAAGUACUCUUCUCGGUGCCAUAUGAACGAAACAACUCGAUUUAACGUGAGCUAUUGCUCCGAUCCGCUGUUUAAGCUGCGCGUGCUAAAGCAAGCAACGGUUGAGAAAUGUGACAUCUGUUUGCUGAACGAAAACAACCCCUUACGCUACGGCGAGUUUGUCGAGAAGGUGUACAAAACGCAGCGAAAGAUACGAGCUCACUACUUUUGUUUGCUCUCCGGCACCAACAUUCCCCAGAAUGGUUCAACACCGGCCGGCAUCGCCGGGUUUAAAAUAUCGGACGUGCUGAGCAGCUAUGCGGAGUAUCGCGAAAAGCAAUGCUACUACUGCCGGCAUCCGUCGGCCCCGGUCGAGUGCGCCCAGGCCGGGUGUGGCCGCCGGUAUCACUACAUCUGCGGCUACAGCAACUCCUGCGUGACACAGUUUGACGGUGAGUUUCGCUCCUACUGCGACCAACACCUCCCGGAAGGGUGUCGCGUGCCGGUGACGACGAAGGGCCGCCGCUGCUCGAUUUGCUUCGAGGAUCUGCCCCAGGUAACGGAGCCGGACUACAAUCCGCUUUCCAUCGUGCGGACGCACUGCGACAGCGAGUGUCCGCCCGGGCUGCUGCACCGCGAGUGUGUGCAGCGGUUUGCCUACACGUCCGGGUACAACUUCAAGUGUCCACUGUGCUGGAACAAAGCAUUCCGGGUGCAUGCGGCCGAGGUCGGCAUCUUCAUACCGCAGCGCGAGUCGGCCUGGGAGCGUGAGCCGGGUGCGUUUAAGGAUCUGCACAAGCGCAAGUGUACGGCCGUUGACUGCAAGGUCGGGCACGGGCGGAAUGCGGCGAACCAGCUGGUUGGGUGCAAAGUUUGCGGUGGCCAGCUGAUGCACCGGCAGUGCUGCGGGGUGUCGGAAGCGGACGACUAUCUUUGCAGUGGGUGCAGGGAUGAAUCGUUCGUGCGGCUAGUUUAAUUAAGGUAACGGAUACUGGGGAAUCAAUCAUUGUAGAUUUCGUUUUUUUUUAAAUGAUUUUUAAGUCUACCGUAAAAUAAACCUUGUAUGGAAAGCUGUA